GAUUCCAAACAGGCUAAAAAGAAAAAAAGUUGAUUAGACCUCAGACUGCCCACUGAACGGGAUGACAGCCACGGCUGCCAUGGAGACACCAAAAAUGGAGAAGAGUGCCUCCAAAGAAGAGAAGCAGCAGCCUAAGCAGGAUAGCACAGAGCAGGUCAAUGCUGAUUCUGAAGAGUGGAUAAGCUCUGAGAGCGACCCUGAACAGAUGAGCCUUAAGAGUGGCAACAACAAUGACAACAGCUGCGAACCUGGUGAUGCUCAGUUGAACAAAAAGGAGAUUCCCUCCAAACCACACCGCCAGCUCUGUAGGUCACCCUGCCUAGAUCGUCCAAGCUUCUCCCAGAGCAGCAUUCUACAGGAUGGGAAGCUUGACUUAGAAAAGGAAUACCAAGCCAAGAUGGAUUUUGCUCUAAAGCUGGGCUAUGCAGAGGAACAGAUUCAAUCAGUGCUGAACAAGCUGGGCCCAGAAUCACUUAUUAAUGAUGUGUUGGCAGAGCUUGUCAGACUUGGGAACAAAGGUGAUUCGGAAGGGCAGGUCAACUUGAGUCUGUUAGUGCCUCAGGGGCCCAGCUCCAGACAGACUGCAAACCCUGAACAGUUUCUUGAAGAUGGAAUAGACAACAGUGACAAUUUGAGGCCAGUUGUCAUUGAUGGAAGUAAUGUGGCAAUGAGCCAUGGGAAUAAAGAAGAGUUCUCCUGCAGAGGAAUACAACUUGCUGUGGAUUGGUUUCUAGAUAAAGGCCAUAAAGAUAUUACUGUAUUUGUGCCUGCAUGGAGAAAGGAGCAAUCCCGCCCUGAUGCACCAAUUACAGAUCAAGAUAUACUACGUAAACUGGAGAAGGAAAAGAUUCUUGUCUUCACUCCAUCCCGAAGGGUCCAGGGCAGGAGAGUUGUCUGCUACGAUGACCGGUUCAUAGUCAAAUUGGCUUUUGAUUCCGACGGCAUUAUUGUAUCUAAUGAUAACUACAGAGACCUUCAAGUCGAAAAGCCAGAGUGGAAGAAGUUUAUAGAGGAGCGGUUGCUGAUGUAUUCUUUUGUGAAUGAUAAAUUUAUGCCUCCAGAUGAUCCUUUAGGACGCCAUGGCCCAAGCCUUGAAAAUUUCUUAAGAAAGAGACCCGUUGUUCCUGAGCACAAGAAACAACCAUGCCCUUAUGGCAAAAAAUGUACCUACGGCCACAAGUGCAAAUACUACCAUCCGGAGCGGGCCAACCAACCCCAGCGUUCGGUGGCUGAUGAGCUCCGCAUCAGUGCCAAACUGUCCACAGUGAAAACCAUGAGCAAAGGCACCCCUGCCAAGUGUGGCACAGGGCUGUCUAGUGCCAAAGGUGAAAUAACCUCAGAAGUCAAACGUGUGGCCCCCAAGCGCCAAUCGGAUCCCAGCAUUCGGUCCGUGGCUGUGGAGCCUGAGGAAUGGCUGUCCAUUGUCCGUAAGCCUGAGGCCAGCUCUGUCCCCUCACUUGUGACUGCCCUAAGUGUCCCCACAAUCCCACCCUCCAAAAACCAUGCAGUAGGUGCACUCAAUACCCGUUCAGCCAGCAGCCCAGUGCCAGGAUCUCAUUUCCCCCACCAGAAGGCCUCAUUGGAGCACAUGGCCAGCAUGCAGUACCCCCCCAUCCUGGUUACCAACAGCCACGGGACGUCUAUUAGCUAUGCUGAGCAAUACCCAAAGUUUGAAUCCUUGGGAGACCACGGCUAUUAUUCAAUGUUAGGUGACUUCUCCAAACUGAACAUCAAUAGCAUGCAUAAUCGAGAGUACUACAUGGCUGAAGCAGACCGGGGGGUGUAUGCCCGGAAUCCCAACCUGUGUUCUGACAGUCAUAUGAGCCAUACCAGAAAUGAAAACUAUUCCUCUUACAACAACCUGUACUUGGCUGUAGCUGAUACCUAUCCUGAAAGCAAUUUGAAGCUGCAUCGAUCAGCAUCUCAGAACCGUCUUCAGCCUUUUCCUCAUGGUUACCAUGAGGCCUUAACACGAGUGCAGAGCUAUGGUCCAGAGGAUUCUAAGCAAGCCUCCCACAAGCAGUCAGUUCCCCACUUGGUUCUGCAUGCCCAGCACCCAGCAACUGGAACACGAUCCAGCUGUCCUGGAGACUACCCUAUGCCUCCCAAUAUCCAUCCUGGGGCGACCCCACAGCCAGGACGUGCCCUGGUGAUGACUCGUAUGGACAGCAUUUCUGACUCUCGCCUCUAUGAGAGCAACCCCAUGAGACAAAGACGACCUCCUCUGUGCCGGGAACAACGUGCCAGCUGGGACCCAUUGCCCUGUACAACUGACUCCUAUAGCUACCACUCAUAUCCCUUGAGUAACAGCCUCAUGCAACCAUGCUAUGAGCCAGUCAUGGUACGGAGCGUGCCUGAAAAGAUGGAGCAGCUUUGGAGGAAUCCUUGGGUUGGAAUGUGCAAUGAUUCCAGGGAGCAUAUGAUCCCAGAGCACCAGUAUCAGACCUACAAGAACCUCUGCAAUAUUUUCCCUUCAAACAUUGUCCUUGCAGUAAUGGAGAAGAAUCCCCACACAGCAGAUGCCCAGCAACUGGCAGCCUUGAUUGUUUCUAAGCUUAGGGCUGCACGUUGA